AUGACACGUCAUUCGAAAAAUUCAACAGCAAAUGCUGUUUAUACUUAUCAUGAAAAACAUAAAGAUUCAUCAACAGGUGGUUAUGGUACAGCACAAAUGCGUAUGAGUAAAGAUUCUAUUAAAGAAUUUGAUUGUUGUAAUUUAACAUUACAACCAUGUCGUGAUCCGGUUAUUACAAAAGAUGGAUAUUUAUUUGAUAAACAAGCAAUACUUGAAUAUAUUAUUCAUCAGAAAAAACUUAAUGCUCGUAAGAUGCGUGAAUAUCAAAAACAACUUGAUCGUAAACAACAAGAAAUUGAUGAACAAAAUGCAAAUGAUCAACAAAAGAAGAUAAAUAAAUUUUUAGAAAAAGAAGCAACAUAUUCAGUUAAUCAAACGGUUAAAACUCUUCUCUCAUCAAAACAUCAAGAUCAACCAUUAUCUUCAUUUCUUAUAACACCAAAAUCAAUUGGAUCAGGAGGUACAACAUCAACACGAGCAUCAACAAAUAAUGAUAAUGAUGAUGAUGAUGACGAUGCUGUUGUUACUGCAACACCAGCAUCAACCGCAUCAUUAAAAAAACUUAGUAAUAUGGAAGGAACUCAAGCAACGCAAUUACCAAGUUUUUGGAUUCCAUCAUUAACACCUGCUGCGAAAAAAACAGAGCUAAAAAAACCAGAUCAACAUGUCUACUGUCCCAUAUCAGGCAAACCUAUAACAAUGAAAGAUGUUAUUGAUGUUAAAUUUAAAUUAGCAAAUGAUGUUGAUCCAAAUAAACGACCAUUAGUUGCUGUACGUGAUCGAUAUGUAUGUGCUGUUACUGGUGAUUUACUUGGUAAUUCUGUACCAUGUGCUGUUUUACGAACAUCGGGUAAUGUUGUUACGAUGGAUUGUGUAAAUCGAUUGAUUAAAUUAGAUAUGCUUGAUCCAAUAACAGGUGUUAAAUUAACCGAUAACGAUAUUAUUCCAAUGCAACGUGGUGGCACUGGAUAUUCGGGAUCUGGAGUACAACUAGACGCAAAAUUACCAACACCUGCUAUGCAGUGA